AUGUUCGGAGCAGUUUGUUCAGGAAGGCCAAUACAAUUGGCUAAUCAAGUUGAGCCCACAAAAUACGUUAUCACAGUGCCAAAUGCAUCAAAUAUAGCCCAUAUUGCAAUAUUCCUUCUACCUCAAACAGAAUUCACCGACACCAAUUUCACGGCGUUGGUGUAUUUCCAAUUGCCAAAUUCCCAGGAGUUCAAGCUAUUAGGGGGAUUGAACCCAGCCAAGCCAUCAGCUAUAUAUAAACUUAAUAAUGGCAGCAAAACAUCCGAAUCAAGCACCCAAUUGGAUGAUGUCGAGAUGAGCGUCGAUGCUAGUGGUGAUGCUACCACCGAUGCCACUAUAAAUAUAGGUAUUUCCAUUGAGCCAACUCCCCAGGCCGAAGCACUCUUGUUGCAGGAACGCCAGAAACAGGCGGGGGCUUCGCAAUCUCUCGUUCCUGCUAAUAUGGCUAGUGCACCCUCUGCAUUGAAGAACCCUAAUGACAUCGCAUCCUUGGCUAACAAAAUUGUCACCCACGCAUACAAUUUCUUGGGCAGUUUCAUUGAUGAUUCGGGUAAGGUUCCAAUGAAGGCCUUCAACAGCUGGUGGGACAAAUUCAGGGCCAAGCUAGCCAACAAUCCUGGCUUCUUAGACGAGUUACUGGAAAAUUAA